GAGUCAGGACGAUGUUUAACUCGGUCAAUCUGGGAAACUUCUGCUCCCAGACGCGAAAAGACAGAAGUGCCGAAUUCGGGGACCGGGCGGGCUGCGGCUCGAGCCUCUACCUCCCCAAUUGUGCCUACUACGUGCCCGAGUUUUCUUCCUCGUCCUCUGCGGUGUCGUCGUUCCUGCCGCAGGCUUCCUCGCGUCAGAUCGCUUACCCGUACCCCACAAGCCUGUCUCACGUGCAGCCGGUUCGGGACGUGUCAUACGGACUGGAUCCGUCAGCCAAGUGGCACCACAGAGGGAGCUACGCGCCGUGCUACGCGGCAGAGGAAUGUCUUCCGCCAUCGUCCUCCAUGACGGAAAUGCUGAUGAAGAACGAGAGCGUCUAUAACAACCACCACCACCACCACCAUCAUCAUCAUCCUCAUCAUCAUCACCUUCAUCAACAAGCCGGCACGAGCUUUUACCCCGCCACGGGAAAGAACAACAACGUCCUCCCCCAAGGUUUCGAUCGUUUUUUCGAGGGUGCCUACGGAGGAUCCGUAGAGGACUGCGUGCAAAAAGAAGAGGACGUCAGCAAACCGGAUCCGGUGGCGCGUACCGACCCAGAAAAAGACCCCCAGCGCGAGGGGGAGGACGAAGAAGACGAGCAUGGCACCGCAACGUCGGGCGCCUCGUCCGCGGCGGCGAAAGACGACGGCGCCUGCAAAAACGAGCACUCCAGUGCCAUUCGGACGCGGAAGAAGCGAUGCCCUUACACCAAGUUUCAGAUCCGGGAGCUCGAACGCGAGUUUUUCUUUAAUGUUUACAUAAACAAAGAGAAGCGGCUGCAGCUCUCGCGCAUGCUGAACCUCACCGACCGCCAGGUGAAAAUCUGGUUCCAGAACCGACGAAUGAAAGAGAAGAAAUUAAGCCGAGAUCGCCUGCAGUAUUUUUCCGGUAACCCUCUUUUGUGAACUGUAAUUUUUUCACUCAUGUGCCGGAUGUUAUAAUAAUUCCCAAAAAUUUCAAUGCAAAGUUGAACCCUGUUGAAGACAAAGCCUGAUUUUAGAACAUGGUUGUUGAAUACACAAACGUUGGGACUUUUAUGGACACAUUACCUGAUUCACCCUUCAGCAUAUCUUGCUUUAAAAUAUCAAUCUUAAAACUAUAUUGAUACAUAAAGAAAGCCAUUUACAUCCUGUAAAACCUUUUUCUAACAAAGAAUUAGGUUUCAAUUGACCUUUCCAUUAAAUAGAACUAUUUUACUCUGAAUUGAUCUUGGCAUAUUGUAAUGGACGUAUCAGAGAAGUUGUGAUUGUGUCUAGGAUUAUUAUUAUUAUUAUUAUUAUUAUUAUUAUUAUUAUUAUUAUUAUUAUUAUUAUUGUUAUUAUUAAUUGAAUCUUGUAGACAUUUUAUUUACAGGAAAAUGCCCACAUUUAAGACUAUGCAAUGUGAUUAAUCACCUUUGUGUAUUAUUACUCACUGUAAAUAAGUUCUUUUUUUAUUUUAUUUUUUUUUGCAAUUUUUUUUGCGUUAUCCACUCAGAAAAUGAAAGGUCUAAGUGAAGAGAAGGCUGCAGGGUUUUCUAUUUCUAUACCAUUGUAAGCUGUUGUUUUUGCUAGCUGUUUACAUGUUACGCGGUGAAAAAUGGGAGGAACGUUGAAAUAUAUGCACAUGCAAGUUAAGAAUGUAAUAAAAAAAAAGGUAAAUUCAAUUAA